AUGGCGAUGGCGAUGCCUUCCUGGAUGAAUCCAUCAGUAACUCGGUGCACUGACGUGUAUGAUGAGCCAGUUACUCGUCUUCUUACACCGAUUACGGGUUAUCAAGACGUACCACUUGUGUCACUUGAGGAAGCCCUUGAACCAAUAUGUCACUUAUUUAAUGGAAUCUUAGAACAUGCAUGGGUGGCAAAGAAAAAUUGUCAAAGACCUCAAGAAGGUCUAACUCAGAAUGAAUCAGCAUCGAUUCAUCUAUACACGAUGCAAUUCGAUGGUGGUCCUAGUCUGUUUUACGUUUUAAAUCGAACCCUUCGAGCGGAGAACCGACAAGAACUGAAACCGUGGUUUUCCUUUCUCAAACUUUUUCUUACAGCUUUAUAUAAGCUUCCUUCUCGUGGUUCAACAGUUUGGCGUGGAGUACGAGAUGCAGAUCUUAGUUCAAAAUAUCCCAAAGGAGCAAAAAUUGUUUGGUGGGGAGUGAGCUCAUGUACAACCAAUGUUGAAGUGCUCAAAAAUAAUCAAUUUCUGGGAACUUCUGGCCUGCGUACUAUAUUUUCUAUUCAGUGUCAACAUGGUAAAUCAAUAUCACAUCACUCGCAUUUCCAAAACACUGAAGAGGAAGUAAUCCUAAUGCCUGGAUCAUAUUUUGAAGUAAUUGGUCAGCUCAAUCCAGCUGCUGGACUUCGUAUUAUUCAACUCAAAGAAAUCGAUGCUCCUUUUGCACUUGUGAAGUCACCUUUCAAGAAACAUGUAGAUUUGAUUCCGAAACCAAAAGUAGUACUAUUGAAAAAGAAGAAUCCACCAGUAGCGCCACUGAUUCAACAAUCGGAUGGUAAGAAUAUUUGUACAGUAUUAGACAAAACGCUAAUCAAUAGAUAUUAUAGUAGCCGUGAUUUAGUUGGCAAAUGA